GGGACCGCACGCCUCGGUGCUCACCUCAGACCUCGGGGGGCCGGAUGCGAUGGUGGCUGCAGCACCGGCCGGGGAUGGCCAGCACUCUCUCAGGUGUAGUUUUUCUUAUGGAAGACUAUCCAGUUAUUUCAUGAUGGCAUUUGCACCUUCAAAACGCAUAGAUGGUCCCAAAAUGCAGACAAAGAUGAGUACCUGGACACCGCUAAACCAUCAGCUUUUGAAUGACCAGGUAUUUGAAGAAAGAAGAGCUCUGCUUGGAAAAUGGUUUGACAAAUGGACAGACUCUCAAAGGAAAAGAAUCCUGACAGGCCUGUUAGAACGCUGCUCCUUGUCCCAGAAAAAGUUCUACUGUAGACAACUUCAGGAAAAAAUUCCAGCAGAUGCCCUGGAUUUUACCACCAAGCUUCCAAGGGUGUUAUCCUUAUACAUAUUUUCUUUCCUGGACCCCCGAAGUCUUUGUCGCUGUGCACAGGUGAGCUGGCAUUGGAAGAACUUAUCUGAGCUGGAUCAGCUCUGGAUGCUCAAAUGUUUACGGUUUAACUGGUACAUCAAUUUCUCUCCAACUCCCUUGGAGCAGGGUGUAUGGAAAAAGCAUUAUAUCCAAAUGGUGAAAGAACUUCAUGUUACCAAGCCUAAGACUCCUCCAAAAGAUGGCUUUGUGAUUGCUGAUGUUCAGCCAGUUGCAAGCAGUUCUCUAGAGGAAAAGCAGUCUCUUUCAUCAGCUUUUUGGUCCUCUUUAAGAAAGAAAAAUACAGGGGAGAAAGAACUCCCACCAUGGCGUUCCUCUGACAGGCAUCCUACUGAUAUCAUUCGCUUUAAUUACCUAGACAACUGUGACCCCAUCAAGUGGGUCUGGCAAGGAAGAAGGAAAAGAAAUGAAACGACCCCAGAUUUCAGCCUUAAGUCACAUGAUAAGCAAAAUAAAUUACAGGACAGAUCUAAGCUAAGAAAAGCACAGUCACUGAUGUCAGAAGAAGUCCUUUCUCAUUAUAUCUCUAAAUGCAGAACCCAGCUCCCCUCUAAAAGUUCCGGCUCGUCUCGCCUGGGCAUCUCAUCGGUCAGUGGGAUUCCCAGCUACCGAAGCAACAACUAAAAUUCUCACACAGCAUCUUCAGGGACACUAUGGGCUUCAAUAUUUACCCUACCAGGAGCCAGAACCAAAGCUGAUUUAAAAAUGAAAGGACUUUUAUAGAAAAGGCACGAUGUUACACAGGCUUGAAAGUUGAAUUUUAUUUGGCACCUCUAUUAGAAACUCUUUCAGUAUAGUACCUUAAUGUGAAAGUGAUUCUACAGUAUUUCAGUAAAAGGUAUUCCCUGCCUAAAAGUUGAUACAUUUAUAAAUUUUAAUAGAAAUGUGAUGAUAGGUACCAUGGGGUUGAUGAAGAAACAUAUGUUGGCACUGUUGGUAAUAUUGGGUGUGUCAGUCAGGACCCAGAAAGACACAGAGAACACACUCCCAAGGCUACUUGAAUAGUUUAAUGAUGGGGCUAUUUAAUAUGGUAUGGGUGGGUUAAGAGAAUCAAGAAGGGAUAGAGAAACACCCAAAAACUAGCAGCAACAGGGAGCCUUUAUUAUUACCGCAUGGCCUGUAGAGCAAAGGAGAUGGAGUGGAGAUCCUAUAACCCAGUGAGGGGCCACCCAAUAGGAUGUAUGUCAUAUGGGAGAGAAACACAACCAGUGUCCAAACCAAGGCCCAGCAGGGAGGGAAGAGGGAGAAUACCCUAACUCUUCUCUGUUCCCACAUUUUAACCUUCCCAUAAGGCUUUCCUUUGGUCAAGCCCAUCUGGAAUUUAGAGAGCUAAGAAGCCUGGGGGAUGCAGCCCUUAGAUGUCACCGUCCCAAGGCAUAGGGCAGAGCUGAGUUGUAUGACUCGGGCAUCUGGGUGGGGAGGGGUAGGAUAUGAGUGGAACAAUGGAAGCACAGUGGGGGAAAACGUAUACAUUUCCAAAGGAGGAAUUACAAUUGAUGUUUAAAUAAUAUAAAUGGACUUUAAAGAGUUAUUGGAAAACAGAAAAUAUAACUGAAAAAAAUGUAUCAUAUAUUCUAAGCUGUAACCAUUUCAAGGUCCCAAUGUACACUUGAGGCAGAAGUUACCAUUCCAAUGUAUGUGUUUACCUGAGUAAAGCAGAAUUACAGAAAAACA